AUGCCGACGCGAAAGCUCGCCAACCCGCUGUGGGCGUUCGCCUUCCCCACAGUUGGCGCCGCGCUCACGAUUAUCGCGGCUGUCGUCGCCGCUGCUGCCGCACGCCGCCUCCACCGCCACCACCGCCGUGGCCUCUGCCGCUCGCGCCCGCCUGCUGGGACCUUCACGCUCGGGUACUGGGACAUCCGCGGGCUCGCGGCGCCAGCGCGGAUGAUGCUGGCGUACAGAGGAGCCGCCUUUGAGGACCGCACGUACUCUCUGCAGCCGCAGGAGGGCGGCGGCUGGGGCGCCCCGGCGUGGUUUGACACGGACAGGCCACCGUUGCGCGAGCGAAACGCCUUUAUCAAUCUGCCGUACCUCGUCGACCACGAGAGUGGGAUCGUCGUCUCGCAGAGCACUGCGCUGUACCAGUUCCUCGGGCGCAAGCUGGGCCUGAUGGGCGAGAACGAGGCCGAGCGCGCGGCGACGGAGCAGACGUUGGCGCAGGCGUUCGACCUGAGGAACGAGUGCGUGCGCGUCGUCUACCCGUUCGCCGGCACCUCGGCCGAGCGCUUCAGCGCAGCGCUGGCGAAGCACUUGCGCGCCGGCGGUGCCUUUUCUUACCCGGUUUUGCUCCUUGCAGGCUCACGGCCGACGGCGGGAGACUUCCAUAUCUGGGAGAUGCUGGACCAGCACGAGCUGAUGGCCUCCUCUGCGGGCCUGCCGUCGCCGCUGGAGGCGCACCCCACGCUUCGCGCGUUUCACGCUCGGCUGCGCGCGCUUCCGCAACUGCAGCUCUACUUUGACUCGGAGGCGGCGCACCUGCCGUGCAACAACCGGAUGGCACACUUUCGGUAG